AUAACGCCACUUCUUCUACCGAACAGUCCUCUGGACUCGGGUUGAUAGAUGUGAGAAGCGAGCAGAGGAAGAAAAUGAAAGGGGGGGGAUAAACAAGAGGAGAAAAAUAUGAGACGGAAAAGUGUGUUCAGAUGGGAUCCAGGGGGGAAAAAUCCAUUUGAGAAAGAAAAAAAGAAAAAAAAGAAAGGAGAACGGUUUAGACAGGGUGGAGCUUAGGUCUUGGAUGGAAAAUGCGCCGAGAAACAUUCCUGGCAUAGUUUGGGAACAGUUCAGCAGGCAGCCCAGGAACGACGUCAGCUUCCCACUACGGUAUAAAAGUGCGGAGGUGGCCGGACCUCAGCAGACUGCAACCGCUUUACCGAGAGCUCCAUCUACUCUAAAGGAGCCUCGAACACCAGAUCCUACCGGCGAAUCAAGACGACUGCGUGAGGGAAUACCUAAGGACUCCUCCGAAGAGAGACUAACUUUUCAUACAACUGGGAACGGGAUUCUCUCUUGAACACGCACAAGAAGAAAAACAUUCAAGAUGCUGAUGCUUACUGUUGUCGUAGCCUUCAUCGGAAGCCUCAAUUCGGUCCUCUCCUCCUCCUCCUGUCCCUCCGUGUGUGACUGUCCGCUGGAGAUGCCCAAGUGCGCGCCCGGCGUGAGCGUCGUCCUGGACGGCUGUGGCUGUUGCAAAGUGUGCGCCCGGCAGCUGAACGAGGACUGCAGCCUGACCGAGCCUUGUGACCAUACGAAAGGGUUGGAGUGUAACUUUGGGGCCAGCUUUGCUGCUGCUACUACUCGUGGCAUCUGCCGAGCCAAGUCAGAAGGCAGACCAUGCGAGUACAACAGCAGGAUCUACCAGAAUGGAGAGAGCUUCCAGCCCAACUGUAAACACCAGUGCACAUGCAUCGACGGGGCAGUGGGAUGUGUACCGCUGUGCCCGCAGGAGCUCUCCCUGCCCAACUUGGGCUGUGCCAACCCCAGACUGGUCAAGGUAGUCGGCCAGUGCUGCGAAGACUGGGUGUGUGAUGAUGGAAAAGACACAGACAUCCUGGAGAAGAUCUUUGGCAAAGACAUGAUGUUUGAUGAGUUGGAUAAAGACCUCACCAACAGGAACGAGCUCAUCGCUAUUGUGAAGGGAAGACUCAAGUCUCUACCUGCCUUCAGACCACAGCCUGAAGUUCACAUGUUUGACAACCAGAAGUGCAUCGUCCAAACCACACCCUGGUCCCAGUGCUCCAAGAGCUGUGGAACAGGCAUCUCCACCAGAGUCACCAACAACAACAGCGAGUGCAAGCUGGUCAAAGAGACGAGAAUCUGUGAAGUGCGGCUAUGCACCCAGUCGCCUUACUCCAGUCUGAAGAAAGGAAAGAAGUGCAGCAGAACCAAGAAGUCCAGUCAGCCAGUGAAGUUCACCUACGCCGGCUGCUCCAGCUUGAAAAAGUACAGGGCCAAAUACUGCGGCGCCUGCGUGGACGGCCGCUGCUGUGGUCCCCACGACACCAGAACCAUCCGCGUCAAGUUCCGCUGCGAGGACGGUGAGACCUUCAACAAGAACGUCAUGAUGAUCGAGUCCUGCAAGUGCACCUACAACUGUCCCCAUGCCAACGAAGCCUCCUACCCCUUCUACCGCCUCUCCAACGACAUCCACAAGUUCAGAGACUAAUUGGGGAAAGGAGGUCCAAACCCCUCAGCGAGAGGAAGAGAUGGCCAGCAGCACUGGCAGCCAAUGGCAGUCCAGAUGAAUGCAGGGGUGUAAAUAGACUACCAAUCAACUACCAGCUUCUUGUUGUAACUAGAUUCCCAAGGAAUUGUGGGCUUACAUCAUGAGGACUUUAUGAAGUGCACUGUUUGCUGAGACUACGUCAGCAUUCUUAUCUAAGAACUGCUUCAUAUUAAUGGAGCAUCAGAAGUAGCUUCGUUAUGGAGCAAGAUGUAAUUAUUAUUUGUACAUUUAUGUUAGUCGCUGAUAUCAAUUCACUGUGUAUAUUUUGAUCCUUUACUUCAGACAUGACAACAGACUGUAGACUUGUGUGUGUAUAUGUAGGUAUGCACAUACGCAACUUCAAUUAGCAUACCAUCCUGUAUCUUAAGGACGAGACACCGAAAUGUAACCUCUGGACUUGUUUAACAAGUGUGUGGUUUCAUUCCUUCCUGACGUGGGCAUUAUUGUUCAUGUUUUGUGGCAGCUAUUGAACUCCCUUCAUGAAAAAGACAAAGCGAAACAUGUCAAAAGGAUGAAUGAAUGUUUUUUUAUUAUUGUUAUUAAUAU